UGUCAAGCCAAUGACACGCCGAGCGCAUAUCAAGCCGUCAUUUCUGGGGCGAGGUAAACACCACGCGAUGUGUCAACGUAACCGAGAAUUGGAGUAACGCCUAGCCCACUUAAAGACCCUCACGAGCUAUCUCGAUAAGCUCAACGACACUGUUGAACGACGGAGUAAACAAUAUGGUCGCCCUCGCAGAGACAUCGAGUAUUCCCAUCAUCGACCUGGAGCCUGCGCGCAAUGGAGGCCCGGAGGCAAUUGCAAAGGUCGCGCACGAGGUCUACCAGGCCUUUAAAUAUGUCGGAUUCGCAUACAUCAAAAACCACGGGGUGCCCCAGGAGCUGGUAGAUGAGGCUUUUGGAUGGAGCGCACAAUUCUUCGCCCUCCCCCAAGCCGACAAAGAUAAAGCUCCCCACCCUCCAGAGGGCUGGUACCACCGCGGGUACAGUGGCGUCGGCCGCGAAAAAGUCGUACAAAUGGUCUUCGACGGAGACGGAAUUGCCGACUGCCGCAAGAUCCCCGACGUCAAGGAGUCAUUCGAGAUCGGCAACGAGUCCGACAAGCACAUGCUCAACAUCUGGAUACCCGAAGAAGUCCUCCCAGGCUUCCGGGGCUUCUUUGCCAAAUUCUUCGAUACCUGCUCCGAUCUCGAGACGCUGAUGCUCCGCCUCAUCGCGCUGGGAAUGGGUCUCGACGAACACUUCUUCCUGGAUUACCACCAAGACCGCACGAACCAAUGUCGUCUGCUACACUACCCGGCUGUCGAAGAGGAGCUCCUUAGGCUCGGCAAGGCAGAGCGAAUCGCCGCACAUACAGACUUCGGGACAAUGACCAUCCUCUUCCAGGACGAGGUCGGUGGCCUCGAGGUAGAGGAUAUCCACGAAAAGGGCAAAUUCAACCCAGCCCCAUAUAUCCCCGGGACAGCAGUCGUGAAUAUCGGAGAUCUAUUGAUGCGCUGGAGUAACCACGAGCUGAAAUCAACCAUGCAUCGCGUGCGUGCGCCGCCUCUUGUUGAAGCUAACAACGGGGAGGGUGGGAGUACAGGGAGAAUGACGAAGCCACGGUACUCGAUCCCGUACUUCAUCAGCCCGGACCGGGACCGGGUCAUUGAGUGUCUCCCGAAUUGUCAUGGACCCGACCGGCCAAAGAUGUACGAGGGGAUUACGAGCAGUGAUUAUAUUGCGAUGCGGAUGAACGCGACGUACUAGGAUCAGUGUUUGGGUUUGAUGUUUUGUCUUGAGUAUUUUGAUUUAUGUUCGUCUGGUAACCUUUAAUGAGAUAUGAUUAUAUUCUAU